AUGGAUGGAAAAUUAGAGGGAUCGGAGCAGUUGAAGGGCAAUUGGCUGCUCCUUUAUUUCGGCUUUACGAAUUGCCCGGAUAUUUGCCCAGAUGAGAUCGAGAAAAUGGUCAAAGUCGUGGAUAUUCUGGAGGCUGACCCGACGCAGAAGCAGCCUAAAAUCAAAGACAACUUCUCGGACACCGAUGCCUCGGACGAAGAGGACGAAGAUGGGGAGCGGUCUCGCAGCAAGGGGACCAAGAACAAGAAGAAGAAGGGAGCAGAGACCGAGAAGAAGGACAAACGGGUCCGCGUCAAGGAGAGCGACGAUGUGGCUAAAUACGAAUCCGAAGACGGAGAGGAAGACGGCCAAGAAGUUGACUAUAUGUCGGACUCGGGCUCUGAUUCUGAUCGCGAUAACGUGCCAAUGGAGGAAAAGAUCGAGAAGGCAAUGGUCGGCGUUGACGACGAGGACGGCUUGCGGAAGCUCGGCUCGAGCGAGGACGAGAGAGAGGAAGACGAGGAGGAGCAGGAGGCGGAGAAGAACAAGAAUAACGAUUUCCGAAGCAAAGCGCAAGCUGAUAAAGAUGAUUCCUCGGAUAGUGACCUUGAUGAAGACGGUGAGAUGACGAAGUCGAUAUUAUUGCUUCCGAAGAAAAAUCUGGCCGCUAGCACCAGCUCGAGCGGAAAACCAGUGGACCACGCAACGGCUAAGAAGCGGGCAAUCGAAGACGCCGUAGCCGGGGUAGAAGCCAAGCGCACGAAGCUUGAAGGCGAUGACGGCACUCCACGACCGGCUGGAGCUUCGCGGGAUCAAAGCGACGGCCUAAACGAGGCGACGGUCCGCAAAUACCUGUUGCGCAAUCCGCACACCACCAAGGAUCUGGUGAGCAAGUUCAAGAACAAGUGCGGCGACAUGCCCAAGCAGGACAUCGUCAACCUGCUUGCCAAAUAUCUGAAGAACAUCCAACCGAUCCAAUUCAAGCAGAAGCAAGGCAACAAGGAGGUCCUCUUCUUCACUCUCCAGAAGCACGAGAGC